AUGACUCCUGAGUACUCAGAAGCCUCGUCUCGUCAGUCCAGCCAUUAUCUUGAUGGAAGGCAACGAUCGCAGGCAAAAUUUCUCAGGUCAGAAGUACAAGGAGUUCAUCAGAAGCUGAACAAAGGUCAAAAUACAGCCAAGCGAGAGGUGAGUGGAGAUGAUGAAGCUGCCUCCACGAAAGCAGACGGGGAUUUCGAUCGUUCGUAUUCCGGAUCAUCUGAUGACAAGGAUCUAGCAGCUGAUUUGCCGCAAUCGAUGCAGAGCGCGCCCUCGAAAGCUGACAUUCUUCUUCUUGCACAAGAGCAAAGCAGGAUACGAAACACGUUGAUGAAACUUACAGAAGUCAUCAGCAAGAUUGAGAGUAGACAAGAAUCAGACAAGAAGCUGGCAAAGAAUGCAAUGGACGCUGUCAAGACUCUUGAAAGUGACAUCCAAUCAGAACUCAAAAAUCGCAUGAAAUCCAAUGACAAAAUAAGCAUGUACGAUAAAAAGAUUCAUGAGAUGCAAGAUGCAAUCGCACUCUUGAAUGCUAGGAAACACUCUGAAGAGGCAGCCGUGGACAAGAUCUCAAAUGAGGUUGCAGAGCUGAAAGACAUGAUCAAGUCUUUUCCUCUCGUUCACAAUGAGAAGAAGAGGUACUUGAUUGCGGUGCAGUUUGCGAUUUGA